UGCCUGCUGGGGAAGGCUAAACCUGCAGCUCAAAGGAACUGCUCAACGGGAGGAAACUGUAACUCCUUCUCUAGAAGGAAGCUGUUCUGAUUGUUAAGUGGUCAGAAGGAUGCUUUUGAUCGAAAUUACGAUUUAAUUUCACCCUGGGUCAAGUAACUGCUCACCAAAUGCUUUGUUGGGUUGUAUGCUGUCUCGUGUGGCUGAUUUCUGCCUUAGAUGAGAGCUGUUCAGAACUUCCUCCAGUGGAUAAUAGUGUAUUUGUUGCAAAGGAAGUAGAAGGACAGAUUCUGGGGGAUUACCUAUGUAUCAAAGGCUACCACUUGGUGGGAAAGCAGUCUUUGGUCCUCAAUAUCUCAGAGGAAUCGGAUGUCUCCCCCCCUGAGUGCCGCUUGGGCCACUGUCCCGAGCCUGUACUGGGAAAUGGCACGGCCAAUUAUUCUGGGCCUGUGAGUGCGAGAGACAAAAUCACGUUUAAGUGCAUUGAUGGUUACAUCCUCAAGGGAAGCAACUGGAGCCAGUGCCAAGAGGACCACACCUGGACACCUUCCCUACCCAUAUGCCGAAGUAGAGACUGUGACCCUCCUGGGAUUCCGAGCCAUGGCUAUUUCGAAGGAGGCUCUUUUACUUCGGGAUCUGUUGUUACCUAUCACUGUCGAGACAGGUACCACUUAGUGGGCACACAGAAGCUGCAAUGCAUUGAUGGGGAGUGGAACAGUUCGUACCCUACCUGUGAGCCCAUUCAGGAAGCCCCCAAACCGGCUGAGCAGAUUGCACUCGAGAAAGCAAUUCUUGCCUUUCAGGAGAGCAAGGACCUUUGCAGUGCCACAGAGAACUUUCUGAGAAGACUAAAGGAAAGCGGACUAACGAUGGAGGAACUGAAGUAUUUCCUGGAGAUGAAGAAAAUUAAGUUGAAGGCAGAUUUUUUUACUGAAAUAUCAUAG